GUCCCUAUCCCUGUUCCUGUCUCUAUCCCUAUCCCUGUCCCUGUCCCUGUCCCCAGCAGCAGCCGGCCCGGCCGUGCCCGGCCCUCCCCUGCCAGCAGGGCGCUGCGGAGGCUGCGCGAGGCGGGGACUGGCGCGGGAGGCAGAAGAUGGCGGAGGCCGAGGUUUGGCUAUCUCCUAAUUGAGGAGAGUCAAAAUACUGCCUACAAGUGAAUCCUCCUCAGCCAGCCUCUCGGAUGCCUCUGAGAACAUAAGAAGUCAUGGCGGAAAAUGACGCAAUGCCAACCUUACCAAAAAAGUGUGGUCCAUACAUUUCAUCUGUAACCAGUCGUGGCAUGAAUUUGGUAAUUCGUGGUAUAGUGCUGUUUUUUAUUGGCGUAUUUCUUGCAUUAGUAUUAAACUUGCUUCAGAUCCAGAGAAACGUUACUCUCUUCCCCCCUGAUGUGAUCACAAGCAUCUUCUCCUCAGCUUGGUGGGUGCCACCUUGCUGUGGCACAGCGUCAGCUGUGAUUGGGUUAUUGUACCCAUGCAUGGACAGACAUCUGGGAGAGCCACAUAAAUUUAAGAGAGAAUGGUCCAGUGUAAUGCGAUGUGUAGCAGUCUUUGUGGGAAUAAAUCAUGCCAGCGCUAAAGUGGAUUUUGCCAACAAUAUCCAGUUGUCUCUAACAUUAGCAGCACUGUCAAUUGGACUGUGGUGGACAUUUGAUAGAUCACGAAGUGGCUUUGGUCUUGGAGUAGGAAUUGCUUUCUUGGCCACAUUGGUGUCACAGUUUCUGGUCUACAAUGGAGUUUAUCAAUACACAUCUCCAGAUUUUCUUUAUGUUCGUUCCUGGUUGCCAUGUAUAUUUUUUGCUGGUGGAAUAACUAUGGGCAACAUCGGCAGGCAGCUGGCAAUGUAUGAAUGCAAAGUCAUUGCAGAGAAGUCUCACGAGGACUGAGGAGAAACAAUAUGCACCUUUUACAUAGGAAAAUAUUUGACAAAUGACUGUCGGAGGAGCAUAAGGAACACUUGACUAUGAAAUUGCCAAAAUGCAAUUUUUUUCCCUUCAGUGGUAUACUUUACUGCAAUCUGUGAUUGCUGCUUCUAUAGAAACCUUGAUGUCUCUUUUUUGAUUACUGUGAAGUUACAAUAGUAUGCAAUACAUUUGACAAUAUUGGUUCAAAUAUAGGAUUCUCUUUUUCCAAAUCUAAACCAAGUUUACCAUAAAUUACUGUCUGUCCGUAAUGUUGCAGUGCCAAACUGAACCUUUUGCACUACAUUUCUGUAGCUGAAACUUCUGCUUCACUUUAUCUUGAAAGUUUUGAGGAAUUUGUUCUUAAUAGCGCAAUGAAAGACAAGGGAUUCAAAGAUAGGAAUGAAGAUCUCUUUACAUGAUGAUAGCUAAUGAUACCUUUAAGAAAUUCAUGGAUUACAGGUGAGCCUUGAUGCAAUAAGUAACUGAUUUCUGCCUAUUAACAUGCUGUAUCAUUCUUCAUCACAGGAAACCUGAUAUUUGUCUGUGAUCCGUGCCCAGUUUCCCAUAUUCAGAAUGUGAAAAUGGAAACUGAGGAAAAUGAAAACUGAGGCUUCACUAUUUUUCCCCCUUGUACAACCAAUAUACAUGCUUAGAUAUGGAUUUAUGUGGAUGAUCAUUAGAUGUGGACAAAUUCUGAAACUGCUUGUAUUGAGUACCAGGAUACAAUUCGGGUCAUUCUUGUACAAUUUCUUAAGCUGACUUGUGUUGAUCCCUUUUAAAAAGGUGUGGUUUUUUGUUUUUUUUUUUUUUUUAAUGAAAUUUAAUUCUGCUGAACUAAAUCAGCCACUACCAUUUAGUGUCAGAAAGACCUCCAUUACCAACAUUACUCGUGAUUGUUCUUGUCUUUUCCCUGUUGUAUUUGCAGGGAUUGGCAGGAGAAGGCAAGGCUGUAUUUUAGGUACUGAUGUAGCCCUUAUUUCUGUGACCUUGGUCCAGGCACUCAUAAAUGCAUUCGUUCUCAUCGCAACUUUCUGAAGUAGAGAAGUCCUGUUAUCCUUGUUUUACAGGUGCCUCUGCACAGAAGGUCUGAUAGGACAGAGCUGAAAUAGGCCAUAUAUAAAUUGGUUCCCUUCUUGAGAAGAAUUUUAGUGUGACCCGUGUUCAUGAGCAUACAUGGAAUCCCCUUAUGUUGGCCUUGCAGCUCCCUUUUAAGAGCAUGAGACAAAAGAAACUGUGCAAGAAAGCAGAAAGCAGACUUGAAGAGGACUCAGCCAGCAGGCACCGGCAGUGAAUUUGGUGUGGAAUGGCUCUACUUUUUCCUCUCUCUGUUUCUGUGCUGUUGUUGUUUUAAUUGUUGUAUUCUUUUUGUUUGUUUGUCUUGAAGUACUUUUUAAAUCUUCCAUGAAAGGUUUAUAAGAAAUGUUACAGUCACCUAAGGAGACUGGAGUUGGUCCAAAGAACAAAUAGAUGUUUAGACGAGUUUUUAUUAAUAAAUGUGCAUAUGCGUUGUACAUGAAGCUUGAAAUAGGCAACUCUUUUUCAGUCUUAUAUACCUAUAUUUAAGUCUGAAAAGUAUGCAAUGGAGUGCUUCCAAAAAUGAUGGUCACAAGAAGGAAAAUUUCUUGAAUGGGAAAGUGUAGAAACAAUAAAUAAGCGAGUGAUGUGUAAAGAGCUUGGUUCUGCAGCUCCACAAUUUCAUUAGCUUAUAACAGUUCUAUGGCAAUUCAGCACCUAAAGCACACUUUCAUUUGGUAAUGUUUCAAGCAAGCAUUUGCAGAUAUUCUUUACCAUGUUCUUCUAAACUGAGGUAGACCGUGUUUAAGUAAAUCCCUGACUAGAGAUUUCUUUUAAUCAAAUCAUGUGGCAAUAUAAAGCUUUAAAUUAUUAAUGUCAGGAGACCAUUUGGGCAUGAACUGAGGGUGAGUUUCCUUAGGCAGCCUGUGGCAUCCCACGAAAGAAACUGUUGUGCUUUCUGUACAGUAUUUGGCCUGAUCUGCCUUCUUUACUUCAACAAAUGGUUUUAGCCUGGUGAGCGGAAUGAGGAGUCCCUCUUGAAUUAUCAAGGCAUGAAUGGCAAAAAAUUCAGAUGUUGGUGUUUCUUAUCCUAACUGUAGGAAAUAACAUGGUACCUCAGUAGCCAGUGUGCUGACUGUGCUGACUUGGCAAACAAUUUACUUUCAUUGUGACCAGUAAGUGUGUACAACUCAAGAUGAAUAGUUUUAAUUAUUCACUUGGUGGUGGAACUGCUUUUACCUGCCAGUCUAAAUAUUUACACAGAAGCAGCCUUGUGUAUGUGAAAAUGUGUGCAGUAUGUGAGAAGUGGUUAUUGUGCGUUUGUGGCACCCACUUUACAACAGUUUGCACUCAGAUUCAUCUAAACCUGAUUAGACUGCGCUGUCAACUUAACUAACUUCUUUUAAAUUUCUUUUUGGAAAUUUUGAGCACGUCUUGCAAAGGCAGCAAUCAUCCAAAAUAAAUUUGGGUGGAGUCCUUUAUUACAUGUGUUUUACUUUUUUAUUCUUAUUUGACUGAAGUUGUUACAAGAAUGAGAUCUUGGAUGUCUCAUUUUUUUCAAACUGUGUUGUAAUUUUGUGGCUGAUGUGUUCAAACCCUGACAAAGGUUCACAAGAAUGCUGACACGGCCUUAACUGUAGUGGUGUGAACAUGCUGCUACUGUAUAGCAUGUAAUUAUACCAUUAGACUGUCUUAAAAAUGUUGUUCAAUAGAGAAUGAAUAAGGUAUAUUUUAGAUACAACUUUAUAAGCACUAUAACCUCUUCACUAAUUAAGCAUUGUAAGCUCUAUGCUGUUUAAACUGGCAAAUUGCUGUUAAAAGCAAAAUGUUCAUUAAAUACAAUUGCAACCUUGUUUGAAA